CUUUCACUACAUCGUCUUUCAUUACAACGCGAUAAUAAUCACUUGCGCUUGUCUCCGUUUUGUUUGUUGUGGUGGGAAAAUGGGGGCUGAAGCUGAAAUUGUAGACAAAAAAUGGCGUUACACAUGGGAAGCACAAUCUCACACACCAAUCCUCCGCUUAUUCCUUUUCCCAUUCUCCAAAACCCUAAACCUCUCUCUCCAACACCACAAUUUCACCGUUCACCUUCAUUCUCCACCCACUUUCCUCACCCUCACUUCUUCUUCCGAUUCCCUCUCCCUUAGGGUUCCGGUUCCCAAUGUCUUACUCGACGCCGAACUUCCUCCCACCGUCCGCUCAUUCACUGACCACAUCGAAGUCAAACUCCUCCUCUUACUCCCCGUCGAUCACCCUGCCCUCUCCGCACUUCAUCAAACCUCGCCGUUACCUCAACCUCUCCUAAUCGAAUAUGAUGUAGACAAACUGUCUUCAGCUGGAGAAGUUGAAUUUGUUUGUAGAAGUUGCAGAUACCAUUUGACCAAUAAACCUAUCAGGAAUUUUGUUGAAAUGCCGUCAGCGAAUUGGAGGGAGGUGGCUGACAAUUGGUUUGGGGCUUGUUGUUGUUCCUUUGGAGGUAUAAGCGAGAAGCUGGUGACGAGGUAUGUGAAUUCACACACGUGUGCACAAGAGAUGUGCCUGUUGAGCUCUACAUCUGUCACUUUUUGCAAGGAUGAUCUUGUGGAAAGUGACUUUCCUGAGCGCUGUGGACAGCUGCAUGGGUGUGGUUAUGUAGCCGAUGAUUUUGGAAUCGAUGUUGUUAGUGAAGGCAUUGGGAAUUUUGGGUUUAAUGUGGAAAGAACUUCAACCUGCAGUGAUGCUUGUGAAGUGAACUGUGCUUUUGAUGAGAAUGCAAGGGUUGGUCAUCCUGGGAAUGGAAAGGUUUCUUUGAAUUUUAAUGAAGUUGCCAAGAAUGAACCUGAUUGCAGUGAUUUUGCCCGUAUAUGUCUAGAUUUGAGUGACACUGAACACACGUCCAGUAUUUCUAGUUGUUGUACUCAUAUAACGAGCACUCUAGGAGAUGAAGACGGUGAACAUCAUUUAUCUUCAAAUGCUAGGAAGAUUGAAACUGUGGAAAUUGUGGGAAAUCAGAAGUCUUUCCUUAAUGGUUUUCUUGAAGAUGUUUUCAUGGCUAGAUCAUCAAAUCUUUCAAAGAAUAUUGAUUGGCAUGAAUUUACAUGCCCGCAAUGCACAACUCUCCUUGGAGCCUACCCGUGUUGUGAGGGAUGUGCGCCAGUAGAUGGAGGAAUACGACUGUUCAAAUGUUAUAUUUCAACCUGUCUGCCAGUUUUAGGAUCAGGGGACAUUUUCAGCAAGUACACAAUGGACAAAAUGUUUGCGAAUCGGUUGGUGGAGUGUGCAAAUGACGAGUCAACAUUUCGGUUCGUUGUUAGAGAUCUGAAAACCAAAUCUCCUGUCCUGCAAAUCAUUCUUUUAAAUCUAAAUACUUGGUCCUGUUCUGGUUAUUGCUUUAGUGCAGAGGACAAAGACCCAGAUCCUAAAUUGCAGCUACGGCCGGUCAUCAAGGUCCUUUUUUCUGACUCCGAAGCUGCAACAGAAUCCCAAUCAAGGGUGAUAGAGGAAUGGGCAGCUAAAAACUCAGCUGAAGACAUUUUCAUGCUAACUUAUCAAAUACAAGAUGUGGUGAAUUCAUUGAUGUCUGCAAAAGAUAUAUAUCCUCCUUCAUGUGCCUCCCUUCCUGGUUUAACGCUGUCAUAUGUGCAACGGUAGUAAUCUACUACUCAACAACUGAUCCAGCGACAGAAAAGUAACUUAUUGGGUUGAGCAAAGGAUGAAUGAUUAUUUUUCUGUAUUUUUUGAAAUAGAUAGCUAGAGUUAACUGACAGAAUAGAAGCCAGGAUGAUAGUGAUAUUGAACAUUGGAUAAGAGGGACUGGUGUUAAUUUAUCUUCUCCAACUACCACUCUUAAAUAUGCGUAAAUACCUGCUAAAUUUUGUUAAAAACUUUUGGGAUAUGUUUUGCCAGUAUAAUGUCCGUCCCAUAGUCCAUUCUUACGAGUUUGUAGAGUACUACGUUUGUUUGGGCAGGUUUUGUAACAGGCUGGCCACCUUCUUGUGCUAUCAAUUUCAUAACUGAGGAGAAAUGCUAUGGUUAUACAUUAUCUAGUUCAAACAUGAAGCUGGUAUUGGUUACUGUUUGAU